AUGCCUCUGGUGGACAAUUUUGUUAUGCGAAAUCAUUUAACGGUUUUGCACCUGUGGGCCCCGCAAUCUGGUCAACCGAGUCGGUGCCAGAUCCCCAAAAGCUUCAUCUCACGACAAUUGUCAAUGGGGAGGUGGUCGAAGAGACGGGCACGACUUUGCGGAGGGGAACAGUGA